AUGACCGUCACAUUCACCACCCCCUCGCACUUGUCGGAGUUGGCUCGCAGGACGGCGCAGAAGGGAGGCAGCCUACCGCUAGAGGGCGCGUCCAGCCGCGAUCCUCACGCGCUCCCGAGCUUCGACGAGGAGUUCAGAGAGCCUGUCCUUUACCUCCCCCCGCUCCUAUCCUCCCUCCCUGAGCGCUUCGAGUCCACUGUCAUCGAAACCGUCGAGGGACAGGCGCCUCUCACCACAGAAACGCGUCUUCCCGACAUCGAUCCAGCCUCGCUCUCCCUCCACAAGGCACUGCACCGCUUCCGGCCGCUGCACCGGAAGUAUGCGAGCACGCCAUACGCAGAGUCGUUCAACUGGGAUGAACUCAAACUGCCGGAGGACGAGGAGCGCGAAUGGUACUGCGUUGCGUUCCGCAGUAAGCGGAAAGACGGGAGUGACGGAACUCCCCUCUAUGAAGCAGACCGCAAAGCACACGAAGAAGCAGUCAAGAAUGGAGGAUUGAUUCUAUACUGGUACGGCGUCCCGGACCCGCAGACGGGGUUCAACCUCGCCACCUGCAUCUGGCAAAGCCGCAAGCAUGCUAUCGCCGCCAAUUCGCGUCCCCACCACAUCGAGGCGAUGAAGCUGGCCUCGCAGUCCUACGAGCAUUACAUCCUGGAAAGGCACAUCCUCCGCAAGGCGCGUGGGGAGACGGGUGUUACCAUUGAGCCGUUCAGGGAAGGGGACAUUGGAUGGUGA